AUGAUGUUCGACAACUUGAAGGGGAUAAGCCUCCUGGAGUCUGCGGGCGGCGUGUCCAUUUCGCAGGAUGCGUCGACGGCGUUCUCGCUCGCUCGCGUCUCUCUGAAUGUCCCCGACGAGCAGGCUUUCCUUGCUUUGGCGGACAAGGCUGCGGAGCCGCGGGUCGAGGGCCAGCCGCGCGUCGACUCCCUGGACCGCCUGCUGGGCGUGGACCCCAAGGCGCUCCGCGCGAAGGCCGUGGAUGCGAUCGAGGUCUUCCGCGCGAAGUGGCGCGGCGAGGUGGCGGCGCUCACCCGCGCCCUGGACGAUUGGACCCCCUCCGGAUGGAUGGCUCACCUUCAGGAUCCAAAGUUCUUGGAGAACACCGCGUUGAUCAAGGAGCUCCUCUCGAACCCGAACUAUGCGCGGCUGCACGCUGGAAGUGCUGCGCUCGGCGUCGCGCUGCAGCGCCUGCGCGACAUCCAGAAAGACGGCUGCGGCAUGGUCCUGCCCGUCGAGGCGAUGACGUCGGCCGCAUCAGUGCACAAGAACGCAGUCGACACCGUCUUGUACUCGUACGUGCUGCUGAUGAUCACGCAGACGAUCCCGGCGAACCCCGCGCCGGCGGCCCGGAAAAAGGCGGUGAAGGCCCUGAAGGACGAGCUCGGGCCCAGGCUCGAGCGCCUGUGCGAGACGGUCCAGGGCCGCGUCGCCGAGUUGUCGGAGGGGAAGGAGUUCGCGGCGGUGGACUACGCCAAGGUUUGA